AUGUCUCAUGACGAAUUUGAUCAUUACGACCUUUCAGAAUUCACCGAGGAGGAGCUCGCCCGUUUUGAUAUGGAUGCUACGAAAACUCCGCUGCCAACGGGGCUCAAUGACAGUCCAACUUUGGAAUCACAGCAUCAUAUCUCGGCGGGACCCGGUAAAGCUGUUCUCAGUAGCUGUAGUGGUGGACCUGCGCUUGGUAUUGCUAUUGAGUCCCCGACUGACACAAAUUCUGUUGAAGAAAUCCCUAAACCUACUGUCAGCACGAGAGUGUCUCAUCACUCGGCUAGCACAAAGCCCCUGCAGCUAACUAGUACGCCUGUUUCUGGAAUGCGCCCACAAAAUCACACGAUAAAUCUAUACGAGAAGUUUUUAUCUUGGAAGAAAGCAUUUUCCGUGACAGACCUUGUCUCACCUGUUUGGUGUGAAGUACAAUAUGAGUAUGGGUUGUAUGGAGAACGCCACAAACCGCUCGAAAGGCGACCACCUUCUUUCAAGUCAAGAGACGGCAAACAAAUUCAGGUCAAACAAAGUGUCGCACAACAGCACGACAAGACACUCAAGAGAGGGGCCUCUAUUCACAAAAAUCUGGAGCUGGAAGUGCGGCCGAAAAAACUGUUCGUCCGUACAUCAACUGACGAAGAGCGUUGGGCUUUACGUCUUUUCAAUCUGACUGCAGGCCUAGAACAACUCACCUUCGAGGGGCUAACGAGGGAACUCCCAGUUUUCGGGAUUACGCAUGGGCAAGUCGUUUUCGGAAUUAUCGACGAAGUGACUCGGCGUGUUCCAUCAGAAGUAAAUAAACUUCACAAUCCUGCCAAACGUGGCCCGGUCUCCCCCGAAUCAUCUCCCGUCAAGAAAAAGCAGCGUCGGCCGCUGUCACCAUCCCAAAACGAUACAUCUGUUUGUCUAGAUCAGUCUACUCCUGAGGAGACUCGCACGGCGCAUCAGUCCCCAACCGAGGAGGAUAUUUGUGACAAUUCUAUGGCAGAAAGUUCGAUCCCAAGGCCCGUCUAUCUCCGACCCACGUUUUACGAUUUGACGCUUGUAGACUACAAGACUCGUCGCGUGUCAUCACUACCCCCAGAUGAGGAUACGAUAUCAUCACAGAUGCAACUUAUGCUUUACCAUCGCCUGCUCUCGCCGCUCCUCUCACCGGAAACUUUUGAUUUCAAUGCACUAUGGUCAAAGCAAGCCGUCAAUCCGCAUCAAUCAUUUUCCAGGAAUUUUGUAGAAGACAUCGGUUUGCUAACAAAAGAUCAACAAGACCCUUUUCAUGUAGAUCUGAACUCCAUGGUCGCCGCAUGGGUUUCUGUCGUCCACUCGGCUCGGUGCAGCGGUGAACGACUGAGAGGCAUCCAUUCCGAGUUGCAAAUUAUCUACCGGAAAGCUGGGGUCAAGAAGGACUCGGUUCAUUAUCGGAAACAGAAGGCAAAAACCGAUGAAAAGGCAGUCGAUAAUCCCCCGGGAAGGCUUGCCCUCCAAGAGAAAUUGGAUAUGGAUCGUGCCAUUGCAGAGAGCUUGCGCCCACCUGAUCAGGACGCCGGAGAGGCCAGCACUUCUCAGGCUGCGGACCACAGCAUUAAGAUUGCACAUACUGCAUCGAGCGAAGAACUUCUAACUGAUGGGGUUAUUGACAUCACUAGCACUGUUGGUGAAAACCUUGAGCCGACAUUGGUAGUGCCAUGUUUGUUACCUGCAGGCACCAGCAACAAUCCCGACUCCAAUCCACAGUCGAUCGCUACGAAAGAUCUCGCUCCAGUGGCUGAUGAGUUAACUAACUUGGAAGAAAACGGGACUCUUCCUGAUCAAAAUGAUGACUCUCCAGUUGAGGAGGAUACCUCUGGCCUUUCGACCAUAUUGGGUACCAGGAAGUUUUUCAUGGACGAGGACCGGCUCGAUGCACAUCUUAGAGAUAUCCUCCAAUGGUGGUUCGGCUUUCGUCUUCCCAGGGGCGUUGAACUCGCACAGUCCAGUCGGUGUGGCACUUGCGAAUAUCAAGACAGUUGCGAAUGGAGAAAGCGGAAGGCUUUCGAAGGUAGUAGCGUCGCUCUCGGAAAGCGUAAGGCGACUUAA